GCUGCCGCUUUUCGGUUCCCUGCAUGCGUGGCGGCGGGUGGGUUAAACUGCGAGGGGUGAAUGGGUUCGGUGAGAGUGAAGUGGCUAAGUCAAACUCUGCCUACUCUGACGGCUCGAGCUCUUCUUCCACACUAUUCUGGUAGCGCAACUUUUGUCCGAAAGCUAACCAGUAAUUGCAGAACGCUUCUCUCAUAUUCGUCUCCUUCAACAACCCAUCGAAGAUCGGCUGUAAGGGCUCUGGUGUCAACUUCUGAUUCAAUCACGAAAAUGGUGAAAGCGAUCAAGGUUCAUGAGCUGGGUGGCCCUGAGGUUUUGAAGUGGGAGGAUGUGGAGAUCGGGCAGCCAGGGGAAGGCGAGAUUCUGGUAAAGAAUAAAGCGAUUGGGCUCAACUUCAUUGAUACCUAUUUCCGUAAAGGAGUUUACCAACCUGCCAAAUUGCCAUUCACUCCAGGUGGUGUCCUUUACUUUCAUGCUGAAAGUAGUGAGCUUUUAUGUUCUUAUUGCAUGCUGAUCCCACUAGUUUCCUGCUUUGCAGGAAUGGAGGCUGUUGGUGAGGUGAUUGCUGUGGGAAAUGGAGUAACUGACGUUAAAGUGGGCGAUAUUGUUGGAUAUGCUGGUAAUCCGAUGGGAGCAUAUGCAGAAGAGCAGAUACUUCCAGUAGAUAGAGCUGUACCUGUUCCUCCUUCAAUUGACCCUGUCGUUGCAGCAUCUGCCAUGCUCAAAGGCAUGACUGCUCAGUUUUUAUUACACCGGUGUUUCAAGGUCGAGCCUGGUCACACCAUCCUUGUUCAUGCAGCAGCUGGUGGAGUAGGGUCUCUUUUGUGUCAGUGGGGGAAGUCACUCGGUGCCACUGUCAUUGGAACGGUGUCGACCAAGGAGAAAGCUGCACAAGCCACUGAGGACGGAUGCCACCAUGUCAUCAAUUACAAAGAAGAAGACUUUGUAGCUCGUGUGAAUGAGAUAACAUCCGGCAAGGGGGUCAACGUUGUCUAUGAUUCUGUGGGGAAGGACACAAUUCAGGUAACAGAUAAUGUUUUCCCUUCACCAACAUCUUCCUCGCACCAUAUGUUAUGUCGUCAUGUUGCAGAGACUCAUCCAACGCUGUUCAACGCGCAGGGGUCAUUGUCGUGCUUGAAGAUCCGCGGAUACUUGGUGGUGUUUGGGCAGUCAUCAGGGACACCGGAUCCGAUUCCUCUGUCCGCUCUAGCGCCAAAGUGCUUGUACCUGACGAGGCCCUCGCUCAUGAUGUACACCACAACCCGAGAGGAGCUGCUGGAAACUGCCGCCGAUGUCUUUGCCAACAUGGAAUCAGGGGCGCUUCGAGUUCGGGUGAACCACACGUACCCUUUAUCCGAGGCGGCAAAGGCGCACUCGGACUUGGAGAGCCGCAAGACCUCAGGAGCAAUUCACACAAUAGAGCUUCUGAAUUGGUUCAACACUCAGUUCAGAAUUUCACUAUUCCUUCCUUCUCAACUAAAUCUGCAUUCGUUGAUGAUCGGUGUUUCCGACGCCCGCUUGUUGUAUAAGUUCAUUUACGGUCGUUUCUUCGUUUCAGGAACAAAAUCGACGAUGGAGCUUCUUCACGAUGCUGCUGCAAGGAGUCUGACUGCAAUGAUGUACUCAAAGGGCCACGAACCACCAAUGGCGUCAGAGGACUGCUACUACGCCGCCGCGAGAAGACCUCUUUUGGAAGCACCGGAGUUGGGUUUGCCUUUGGCGCCCGUGUUAGAAUAUUCACACACUUGGGUACAAGAUCCAGCGGAGCACAUUAAAGUGAACUGUUUAUAUGAAAUCGACCAUUCCAUGCUCCCUAACAGAGCACCUGAUCAACUCAAGAGUGUUCGAGUUGUCAUGGUGAAUGAGAAAACGAGGAUGAGGGUUUCGCUGAGGUACCCAAGCAUUUACUCUAUCCGAGCUUACUUCAACGACGGUACUGGGUGUUCUGGGCCGGAAGUAAAGCACAUCCCGAUGCUAGACGAGAGAUGUGUAAUCGGUUCUGAAGUUGCAGGGGAGGCUCUUUACCGGCGAAUUCUGCCUGACGAGGUAGCGAAGAAAAAAUGGGACUGGAACUUCUGGAUAGUUCCUUCUGUUGCUUCCCAGAAGGUCUCGAAUCUCCGCCUAAAGGGUUCCUCGUCUACGAACAAUGGCAGUGGUGCAUUGACCAAGGAUUCACUCUUGUCGGAACUCAAGACUCCCGGGAUAGUCAACUGGGGUCAACGCCGGAGAGUUAGGUUUAUGGGCAGGCAUGUGGAGGAUAAGGAAGAACCUUCUGAUUGGAUGGAGAAAAAUGAUAAGGAUGAUGGGAGUGAUGGGGAAGAAGACCAGAGUGAUCCGGCGAGUGGUGAAGAGGAAUGUGAGGAAGAAGAAGAUACAGAGGAGGUGAUUGUGAAGGCUAAGACGAGAGAAUGCAGGGAGAAUCUGAAAAGAAAGAAGAAUCAGUUACCAUCCUCUACAAUCCAGCUGAGGAAGAGGCCAAAACGUGGAAAGAACAAGAAUCAGAUCGUUGUUUACAGGCAGAAGAUCAAUAAGAAGAAGAAGGUGGUGAAAAAGACGAUUGACAGAUGGUCUGCUGAAAGGUAUCAACUAGCUGAGGUGAACAUGUUGAAGAUAAUGAAAGAGGAGAAGGCACUGUUUGGGAACCCAAUGUUAAGGCCAGUAUUGAGAGCAAAAGCGAGGAGGCUGAUUGGAGAUACUGGUCUGUUGGACCAUUUGCUGAAGCAUAUGGCAGGGAAGGUGGCGCCAGGAGGUGAAGAAAGGUUCCGGAGGCGGCACAAUGCAGAAGGUUCAAUGGAGUAUUGGUUGGAGAAGGCCAAUCUGCUAGACUUAAGGAGGGAGGCUGGAGUGCAAGAUCCAUACUGGAUUCCACCACCUGGUUGGAAGCCUGGUGAUAACCCCUCUCAGGACCCUGUAUGCGCUACCCAGAUCAAGAAACUAACUGAGCAAGUUGAGAAACUGAAAAGGGACAUGGAAGACCUGGCUUCCAAGAAACAGGAGGAAGAACUAGCCAUUGCAGCCAUGCCAAUUUCUUCAUCACUUACCACUUUAAGCAUGGAACAUGACAACCUACUUACUCCACUCAAGGAAGCAAUGGCCACAAGAAAUAGAGCAGAAGAGAAACAACUGGAACGACCGCAGCAACUAGAAGAAGAAACAAUGACACAGCUCAUGAUCACACAAUCGGUGGAACAUCAUUUUGAGGAAGGAAACCGGAGCCAAAACUCAACUACACCGACUCCAAUGGAAGACAGAGCAGCCAAAAUACAAAGGCUGAGAUCAAGCGGGUUCAGGAUAUGCAAGCCAGGGGGGACUUUCCUGUGGCCUGACAUGGCUACAGCCUCCUCUCCAACAGUCCACCUCGAUGGCUUCCUCGCUAGAACUCCUUCUUCUGUCUCUUCCUUAUCCUCCUCCAUAACUACACUCACCUCCGCCGACUCUCAGCACUCUCCUUCCCCAUUGAUGAGGCCAGUAGCUGAAAGGACAUCCGAAUUCGCAAUAGCUCUAACCACACCACCUUCUUCCUCUGCUGUUCCUUCUAUCCUCCGUCGACAGGGGAGAAACAACAGCGCUACUCCUAGAACUCCUCUGAUCAACCUCAACGAAGUUCCCAGAAUCCGAACUGAGAAUCCGAUUCAAGUCUCCCCUGGUCCAGUCACCUACCAGAGAAGAAACCAUCAUCAGAGUUUCAGUGCUGGAACUAUGGCAGCUGCAUCAUGCCUUCCGUUGGGAGUACAGACAUGGCUGGCUAUCGGCGGUGGUAAUCCGUCGUCGGAGAAGGACUGCAAGCGAGGCUAA